AUGGAUUUUAAUUCAUAUACGAGUGGGUCUAACUUUGUUGAUCUUCUUCAAAGUCAACGUGUAUUUGGUUCAUCAGAAGUUCCUAUUUUUGGAACUCAACAGACGGUGGAUAGCAACCUCGGUCCAGAGAGUGUUGUAGAGCGCCGAGAAAGGAGGAGAUGGACGCCCUCUAAUGACAUUUUGCUCAUCAGCUCAUGGCUGAACACGAGCAAAGAUGCAGUCGUGGGUACUGAGCAGAGAUCAUGCGCCUUCUGGUCUCGAAUUGCAAGCUACUUCGCGGCAAGCCAGAAGGUUGCAGGGGAGAAGACCAGCGGGCAAAAUGAGACUGAUGUUCUCAAAAAAGCGCAUGAGAUUUUCUACAACAACUAUAAAAAGAAGUUCACCCUAGAGUAUGCGUGGAUGGAGCUGUGCAAUGACCAGAAGUGGUGUGAUGUUUCAAGCUCUAGACACGGUGGAAGCUCUAAAAAGAGGAAUUUGGACGACGGAUAUAAUUCAUCAGCUUCACACGCAACCGAAAGCAAGGCUUCUGCAGCUGAUGACUGCACCAACCGCCCCUCGGGUGUAAAGGCUUCUAAGGCACGGAGUAAGAAGACGGUUGAUAGGAAGGCAGCUGAUUUUCAGUCAAUGUGGUCCAUCAAACAGCAGGAUCUUCUUGCAAAGAGAGAGCCACUGUCUGAGAGUGAAGAAGCUCUAAAGACGAAGCUGAUUGAGGACGUGUUGUCUGUUUAG